AUAACACCGUCACGCGGUGCCCACAACAACUUAUAUCAAAUGGUAAAAAAGCGUACACUAGAAGCACGCACUAAAUUGCAGCAUAACAAAUUUCCCAAUAAUCAAGCAUGUGAAGAACCAUUAAAGAAACAUUCAUCUGCAUGCAAUGAUCAAAGCGAAAGCACAACGUGCUCAUCUCCAUCUUUCGGUUCCUCCGCCAAGCGACAAUCAUCGCAAUCCUUAUCAUCCACACCCUCAUCCACUUUCUGCAAACCUCAAAUGAAAAAAACUGCAAAUGAUUCUUGUCCACCUAAACCAGUGAAACCGGAUAAAACGACAAAAAUCUGUCCAAAAAAUACAGAAUUACUUCAAGCGAGAGACUGCGAUGUAAGUAAAAGAAAAAAAGGAACUUGUGAUAAAAAACCAUGUGACGGUGGCGGCGAUGGUGCUGAAGGUGGCGGCGAUGGCGCAGGUGGUCGUGGUGGUGCGCGUGGUUCAGACCUGGGUAAUGAUGAAGAAGCAACCGGAAAAACCAAAAUGCUGCUAGCUAUGCUAACCGCCCUAGGACUCGGUGGUCUGCUUCUAUGGUUAUUGACGAGACGAACUCGUAAGAGUAGCGAGAGCACAGAAUGUGGGCCAGUUUCCAAGAGUUUAACAACGGUUCCUGCGAGUUCAGCUGACUUGCCAAAACAUGUACCAUAUUUGUUAAUCGGUGGUGGAACUGCAUCUUUCUCAGCAUUCCGUGCGAUAAAGUCCAAUGAUCCGCCCGCAAAGGUACUAAUGAUCACAAAUGAAAUGAAUAAGCCUUAUAUGCGUCCACCACUUUCGAAAGAACUUUGGUAUUCGGCAGAAAAAGGUGAAAUUACAAAAGACUAUCGUUUCAAACAGUGGACCGGCGCUGAGAGAAGCCUCUUCUUCGAACCCGAAGAAUUUUUCGUUGACCCCACAAAGCUAAUGGAAACUGUAAAUGGAGGCAUUGCUGUGGCGCAAGGUUUCACUGUCAGAAAAAUUGAUCCCGUCAAACAUAUAGCAACACUAUCCGAUGGUUAUGAAAUCAGCUAUGACGAAUGUUUGAUAGCGACAGGCUGUAAACCGAAAAAUCUCGAUGUCUUUGAACACGCAUCACCCAGUGUAAGAGAGAAGGUUAUGAUGUAUCGUACUCCCGAUGAUUUUGACCGUUUGAAACGUUAUGCCGAUGAAAAGAAAUCCAUUACAAUUGUGGGGAAUGGCUUCACAGGCAGCGAGUUGGCCUGCUCAUUGGCGAAUUAUGCCAAAGAUAAAAAAGUGAAAAUAUAUCAAAUAUUUGGAGAAGCUGGAAAUAUGUCAAAAGUGUUACCCGAUUACCUAAGUAAAUGGACCACUGCAAAGGUGGAGUCAAUGGGGGUAUGCGUUAUGCCAGAUACUGUUGUCAAAGAAGUGCAACGCGAUGAAACAGUUCUCAAGUUGGCGCUCAGUAAUGGAAAGAGUCUUUUAACUGAUGUCGUUGUUGUGUGCGUGGGUUGCGAACCAAAUACAACUUUGGCGACAACUUCCGGCUUAGAGAUCGAUAAGAGUUUUGGCGGUUUUGUAGUUAAUGCUGAAUUAGAGGCUAGGCGAAAUUUGUUUGUGGCUGGUGAUGUGUCCUGCUUUUACGAUCCGUUACUUGGACGACGACGCGUCGAACAUCACGAUCAUUCUGUGGUAUCGGGCAGAUUAGCGGGUGAAAACAUGGUUGGAAAAAAAAAGGCCUAUGCGCAUCAGAGUAUGUUUUGGUCUGACUUGGGUCCAGAAGUCGGUUACGAAGGCAUCGGCCUUGUUGAUGCUUCCUUGCCCACUGUUGGUGUUUUUGCACUACCAACACCAAAUCCAGAAGGUCGCACUGAUAAUUUAGCCCAAACAGCAGGCGAGAGUGGCGGCAGUGGGGGUACAGUAACAGUGAACACGGAAGCACCGGACGUUAAGUGUGAUCCGAAAGAUGCUGAAGAUUAUGGGCGUGGGGUUAUUUUCUAUAUGAAAGAUGAAAAGAUAGUGGGUAUUUUAUUGUGGAACCUCUUCAAUCGUAUUGGUUUGGCGCGGACAAUUAUCAAUCAGAAUAAGAAAUAUGACGAUUUAAAUGAAGUUGCGAAACUCUUCGAAAUCCAUGCGUAGUUCCGAAAAAAGCGUAGAUACAAAUCUGUAAUGUUUAAUAGUAAUUUGGUUAGGUAAAAAUGUUUGUUACCGUUAGUUGAAUUACACGUGUAAAUUUGCAUUUGGAUUAGAACACGCGCCAACACUCAAGUCCCUGGCAUCCACUAUAGAGCUGAAAAUAAUUUACGUCUGUUGCAAUUGAAAUUGAUUAUUAUGCUCUGGUUGGGUGCCACUGCCACUGAGAAGAGGAGGAAGAAAUUCUAAUGCAGAAUCGGUAUAAUUUCACAAAUUGUCUAGCAUUUAAGCUUUAUUUUAACAAAGCGGUAGCAUGUUAAUUGAAGAAUGCUUUCACGAAGUCUUAACUAAAACCAAAUAAAUACUUACAUAUUAUCCAUUUUUAAAUAUAUAAGAUCGCUAUUAUUUAAUCCUUAAGAUAUUAACGGGAAUUUGUUGAGCGCUUGAAAAAAAAAUAAACGAUACACAGUAAAAUAAGAAAUUUUAAUUAAUAAAUUGUUAAGGACUAUUUUUACUGUGCCAGUAAAUUCUUGUCCGCCAAUUAA